AUGGCCGCCCGAACCAGUGCAUUGAGGUCCUUGGCGAGGGCAUGUGGCGCUGUCAGGAGGAUCCACUCCUCUCGAGUGCUGGCGGACCAAGCGAAGAUCCGUGCUCCCAUCGCGGAUGCGCUGAAAGUCCGGCAGCCUCAGGCGAUGUCGGUCCCCAAGGAUAUGGCGCAAUUCGAUGACGCCGACAUGGCCAUUCUACACAACCUUGGCAUCGAGACCGACGCUGUGAUCCACAAUGCACGCCCUGGGACCUUGUACGACGAGGCACUUCGCUAUGAGAAGGGCUCUGCCAUCCUCUCAACAGGCGCAUUGGCGGCCUACAGUGGGGCCAAGACAGGGCGUUCGCCCAUGGACAAGCGAGUGGUGGAGGAAGAUACAACGAUCGAUGACGUGUGGUGGGGCACGGUGAACAUGGGACUCUCAGAGAAGAGCUUUAGUAUCAACCGGGAGCGAGCCAUCGACUACCUGAACACACGCCCCAGGCUGUAUGUGCUGGAUGGUUUCGCUGGAUGGGACCCUGAGUACCGCUACAAGAUCCGGGUGAUUACCAGCCGAGCCUACCACGCCCUCUUCAUGCACAACAUGUUGAUCCGCCCGACCGAAGAGGAGCUCGCAAACUUCGGGGAGCCGGACUACACCAUCUACAACGCAGGUGCCUUCCCGGCCAACCGGGCCACCGAUGGCAUGACAAGCGGCACAUCGGUGUCUUUGAACUUCAAGGCGAAGGAGGUGGUCAUUCUGGGCUCGCAAUAUGCUGGCGAGAUGAAGAAAGGCGUUUUCACCAUCAUGAACUACCUCUUGCCGAAGCAGGGCAUCCUCAGCAUGCACGCCAGCGCCAACGAGGGCCAGGAUGGGGACGUCACGGUUUUCUUCGGACUCAGCGGCACGGGAAAGACCACGCUGUCAGCAGAUGAGAAUCGCAAGCUCAUCGGCGAUGAUGAGCACGCCUGGACUGACAAGGGCGUUUUCAACAUCGAGGGCGGCUGCUACGCGAAAGCGAUUGGCUUGACGCGGGAGAAGGAACCCGAGAUUUGGGAUGCCAUCCGCUUCGGCGCACUUUUGGAGAAUGUGGUCUUCGACACACGCACUGGUGAAGUGGACUACGAUGACAACAGCAUCACCGAGAACACCCGGGUUUCGUACCCUUUGGAGUACAUCCCGAAUGUGAAGAUUCCUGCCGUAGGCGGACAUCCGAAGAAUAUUAUCAUGCUCACCUGCGAUGCCUUUGGUGUGCUUCCGCCCGUCUCCAAGCUCACACCUGCACAAGCCAUGUAUCACUUCAUCUCAGGCUACACAGCCAAGGUGGCUGGAACUGAGAUGGGCGUGAGUGAGCCGACCGCGACCUUCUCCGCCUGCUUUGGUGCUCCCUUCAUGGUGUGGCACCCGGCCAAGUAUGCUGAACUCCUGGCAGACAAGAUGGCCAAGCACAACGUGAAUGCCUGGCUGAUCAACACCGGCUGGACUGGGGGUGCCUUCGGUGCAGGCCACCGCAUGAGCCUCAAGGACACGCGCGCCAUCAUCGAUGCCAUCCACUCCGGCGACUUGGCCAAGGCGGAGUAUGAGAACUUCCCCAGGUUCAAUCUGAAAGUGCCCAAGAGCUGCCCCAAUGUGGAUUCCCAGAUCUUGAUGCCCAAUAAGACAUGGACCGACCAGACGGAAUUCGAGCGAAUGUCCACCAAGCUCUCCGCACUCUUCAAGGACAACUUCGAGAAGUUCAAGGACGGCUGCUCCGAGGACAUCAAAGCAGCCGCUCCGGAGUAG